GGCGGCGGCGGCGGCGACUCCUCAGUGUCCGGCUCAAGCUCCGGCCGCAGCUCCGGCUCGCGAUGCCCCACUCCGUGACCCUGCGCGGCCCUUCGCCCUGGGGCUUCCGCCUGGUGGGCGGCCGGGACUUCAGCGUACCCCUCACCAUCUCGCGGGUCCAUGCUGGCAGCAAGGCUGCCCUGGCUGCACUGUGCCCUGGAGACCUGAUCCAGGCCAUCAAUGGUGAGAGCACAGAGCUCAUGACACACCUGGAGGCACAGAACCGCAUCAAGGGCUGCCAUGACCACCUCAUACUCUCCGUGAGCAGGCCUGAAGGCAGGAGCUGGCCCAAUACCCCAGAGGACAGCAAGGCUCAGGCACACAGGAUCCACAUCGAUCCCGAGGCCCAGGAUGGCAGUCCAGCGACAAGCAGGUGGCCCUCAGCCACGGGGCUCGGGCCAGAAGAUGGCAGGCCAGGCCUGGGAUCUCCUUACGGGCAGUCACCUCGCCUCCCAGUCCCUCACAAUGGCAGCAGCAGUGAGGCUACUUUACUGGCCCAGUUGGGCACCCUGCACGUGUCUCCACCCCACAGCACUGACCUGGCCAGAGGCCUUUCGCGGAGCCGCGACUGCGGAGUAGACCUGGGCUCAGAGGUGUACAGGAUGCUUCGGGAGUCGGCCGAGCCGACGGCUGCGGAGCCCAAGCAGUCAGGCUCCUUCCGCUACUUGCAGGGCAUGCUAGAGGCCGGCGAGGGCGGGGAACGGCCCGGGCCUGGCGGCCCCCGGAACCUCAAGCCCACGGCGGGCAAGCUAGGCGCUCCGCUGAGCGGCCUGCAGGGGCUGCCUGAGUGCACGCGCUGCGGCCACGGCAUCGUGGGUACCAUCGUCAAGGCGCGGGACAAGCUCUACCACCCCGAGUGCUUCAUGUGCAGCGACUGCGGCCUGAACCUCAAGCAGCGCGGUUACUUCUUUCUGGACGACCGGCUCUACUGCGAAAGCCACGCCAAGGCGCGCGUCAAGCCGCCCGAGGGCUACGACGUGGUGGCGGUGUACCCCAAUGCCAAGGUGGAACUCGUCUGAGCCGCUCCCGGAACCUCCCAUCCCCGCCUCUGCUUUUUUUAAUGGCCCCGCGCACCCGUGUAAAUAUGUUUACGCCCUGCCUCUCUAAUAAAUUCCCUCUGCUUGACCUCAACCGUGUCGGUGCCCUGGCCUGCCUCCCUCCAGCACAGGCCAUGGCUCCUGAGUGCUACACCUGUUCAGGUGCCAAGCAUUUUCUUAGGCACUGGGUGCAAGGGGGAGCAAGACAGGUACUGUGGUGCCCUCAAGGAAGCCACAGCCUGGGUGGAUGGCAGACAUGAAUCACAAGGGCAGUCCUGUUAAUAGGGAAGCGAGGUCUGAGGUGCUAGAAGGGGACGUCACGCCAAAGGGUUUGACCUGGAUGGAGUCAGGGAAAGUGUCAGCAGAGAAAUAAGGGAUGAGGGAGGGAAGAGCUCUACAGCGUGAGGAUCUGUGUGCAAAGAUAUGUCAAAGGCGAGCACAGGCAGCAAAGGCCCCGUGUGGGCACCAGCACGAGCGCGGGCGGCCCCUAGCAGCUGCAGGAGGGACUGCCCCGCGGCGGAUAGGACUGGGGAGAUCACCA